AUGGCCUCGUAUCUCCAGGAAGUCCUGAGUAUGAUCAUGAUGACCCCCAACGCCAGCAGUACCGCAGAACCCCACAUCAAUCCGGUGGCAUCACCCUCAACGACUUCACCUUCCCAAACGACUAUUUCCAAUAUCAUCGCCUUUCUUUUCUCAUUAUCGGCUUUGAGAGAUUGGGUGAAGCUCAUCGUGCUUGGAGGGUUUUUCGAAACAUGCAGACGAAUCGUCUUGGGAAUGUACUCCAAACUGAUCUCUUCGUUCUGGAUGAACGCAUAUUUUGAAGAUCAAGAUCCUUGUUAUAAUUGGUUGAUGGUCUGGCUUUCGAAGCAACCCUCUUGGAAAAAAUCGCGCGACGUUCAAAUAAGCACUCAAACCUACGGCGCUAAGAGUAGUUCCAUCACGUUGGAUGGGGAAGACAACUACAGUAGCCAGUUCAAAUCAUAUCGCAAGCUCUCUUACCUCCCUUCGCUAUCUGUCACGUACAGCCUUUGGUACAAGGGCUGCUACAUGAACAUCAUUCGUACUCAACAGGAAACUCGCUGGUAUGGGGAUAAAGAAAACACUUUACAGAUAAGUCUGUUAACUCGAGAUCGAGAUAUUCUCGUACACCUCCUUCAAGAAGCCAGACAAGAAUACAUGGCUGCCCAAGAACACCAUAUGUGUAUAUUUGUCAAUGAUAGCAUGGGCAACUGCUGGAGCCACGUAGCUUCCCGGGCUAAACGCAGUAUGACCUCUAUUAUCUUGGAUCCCGGAGUCAAGGAGCUGUUAUUGAAGGACGCUCGUGACUUUCUGGAAAGUAAAGCUUGGUACUCCGAACGAGGUAUCCCCUACCGUCGUGGUUAUCUCCUUUGGGGUGCACCAGGAUCCGGCAAGUCAUCGCUGAUCCACGCACUUGCCGGGGAACUUGGUCUUGAUGUCUACGUGCUCUCCCUCGGGAAAGCAGGCUUGGACGAUAGCUCGUUGAAUGGCUUGAUAAACCAGUUGCCAGAACGAUGUAUUGCGCUCAUGGAGGAUGUUGACGCUGUUUUCACGCAUGGACUCAGCCGCGACUCCGACGCCGUGGGUGCUCUCGCAAAUCUCCCUAACCCCUCAAGAUCUCCAACGGCAUCGACCCCUGCCCCUUCGAAUAACAGAGUUACACUGAGUGGACUCUUAAACGCUCUAGAUGGUGUCUCUGCUCAGGAAGGUCGUAUUUUAUUCGCCACGACCAACAAAUAUUCUUCUCUCGAUUCGGCUUUGCGCCGCCCCGGGCGAAUGGAUGUCCAUAUUGAAUUCAAGCUUGCAAGCAAAUACCAAGCACGAGAGUUAUUUCUGCGAUUCUUCAAUCCCAGGAAUACUCCAAAGAUCGUCGAAGACAACGAAACUGAUUCGGGCGAUUCUAUUGGGAGUGCUGAUUCUGGAUAUACCUCCACUCAUGACACUCAACUCACGGUUCAUUCCUCCUUCCGUGAAAACAAAUUCCCGAUUGAAAAACUCAAAUUGUUGGCUGACGACUUUGCGGAGGCGAUACCAGAAUAUGGAUUUUCUAUGGCAGCCUUGCAAGGGUAUCUGAUGAUGUACAAGACACAGCCAUUGGAAGCAGUCGAGCAGAUCGGUGCAUGGUUGCAGAAGGAAAAGGAGGAACACGCCACUAAAAAUCAGGAGGCGCAGACGAAAAAGGUAGGGUCAUUGGAAGAAGAGAAAGAGACAUUAGAGCAGGAGGUGACAAAGAGAGUGGAGAAAGCAGUACGAGAACGAUUGGAACGAGAGAAACUAGAGAAGGAGCUCAUGGAGAAAAAGGUGGAAAGCUGGUUAAUCGAACGACCUUUAUGA